GCCAGUCGUGGCUUCUUCACGGUAGCAGAGCCGCAGAAGUGGGAGGAGGUGCGCGCAACGAGAACGGCCAUGGCAGCUCCGGCGCUCGCCUCUCUCCUCAUCUCAUGCCCGGUUCGUCAUCGAGCCCUGUCUCUGGCGCCAACACCUGCACCUCUCGUAAGCGGAGGUGGUUGCUCCUCUCCUCGACCCCCGGGGGAGCGCCUUGGCCCGACGACGCGGCGGCCCCACAUCAUCCGCUGCUCGGCGGCCAACAAGCCGUCGCCUUCCACCGAGAUCAGUUCAACAGCCAAGAUAAGAAGUGAAGUCCUCUCACCAUUUCGUUCGGUGCGGAUGUUCUUCUAUCUUGCGUUCAUGGCAAGUGGGGCUUUGGGAGGAUUGAUUUCCAUCACGCGGUUGGUUCCUGCUCUUGUCAAUUCGUCAAGAGCCGCAGACCUCCCUGAGAUUUUAAAGGGGUUUGGGAUAGAUCUCGGAGCAGUUCUGUUGUUUGCAUUUCUGUAUACGAGGGAGAGCAGUGCCAAAAAUGCUCAGCUAGCAAAGUUAUCGAGGGAGGAAAACCUCUCGAAGCUUAAGCUUCGGGUGGACGGGAAUAGAAGCAUCGCGGUCGGUGAUCUGAGGGGAGUCGCACGUCUCGUCAUUCUCGCCGGUCCUGCCUCGUACAUUGCUGAUUCCUUCGCCCGUAGCAAACCUUACACGGAUGGACUUGUGGAGCGAGGAGUGCUCGUCGUUCCUUUUGCUACAGAUGGAAAUACGCCUAGGUUUGACCUCGACGAGAUUGAUGAGGAGGAUGAGGCGAUCGUCGACAAAAAGAAGAGGCUGUGGCGGCUGAGUCCUCUUUACACUUCUGAAUGGGCCAAAUGGUUAGAUGAACAGAAGAAGUUGGCCAAUGUCUCGCUCGAUUCACCGGUGUAUCUCUCUCUGCGCAUGGAUGGUCGAGUUCGUGGGAGUGGCGUCGGCUACCCUCCCUGGAAUGCUCUAGUGGCACAGUUGCCGCCGGUGAAAGGGCUGUGGUCAGGUCUUCUCGAUGGCAUGGAUGGAAGAGUUCUUUAGGAAAUCUCAACUUCUGUAUAUUGAAUGGAAACAAGAAACCGUCAUGGAUUAUCUAAGCAGAAAAGCAGGUGGGGGGAGGAUGACAAAACAUGCACCAAUCUAAAUCUCCAUCUUGACUUCGAUGAACUUUGGGCCUAUAUCUCAACAGAUGAGCCAAAUUUGUAGAGACUCUCCUCGUACUAAACAUACAUCGGAUUACAUCGAAGGAAGCGAUGUGUUGUUUUAACAAAGAAUACAAGAAAUACGAUACAAACUUCUACAUAUAAAUUAUACAUAGAUCACAUGACCUCCAAGG